AUGAAAAAUAUUCAGAAUGGUGACGAUUUGCAUCAAGUUCCCGAUGAGCUAUGUAACAUAAAAAACAAAAUCAAGUACCCUUAUGCAAGCGGACGACGUGUUCAUGACUUCAGUAUAAUGGGAGCUAAUCAAGCAUGUAAUCACACUUGUCCUACAUUUUGUGUCGAUACUUAUGAGCCUGUUUGUGCGAUUAUUACCACAGCGAACUCAUAUCAGAAGAGACCAAUGAUAAACCACUGUCAUGUAGAUUUAUUAUCUUGCGCAUUGGGAGCCAAUGUAACAUUAGAGCCUAUGACAUUUUGUUAUAUGUCUGCAUCGAGACUUGUGUUCAUGAUGCAAGCAGCUGCUUUAAAGAAGAUGGGAUUGAUCGACAGCCCUCCACACAACAACGAGAAAAGAACUUCAGCCCAAGGCUAG